AUGGGAUAUAAGAUAUAUUCUAACUCUGACUUAGUUCAAACAGUAACAUGGGCAAACUAUGAAUGGUUCGCUUUGAGAAACUCAGUACAACCACAAGCUAGAGAACAAACAGACCAGUAUGCAACUAUUGAGAAAAUAAGAAGACUUGACCCUAACGUUCCAGGAGUUUAUGUUGACCUUUCUGGACAAACUGCAGCAGCAGUAACCAAAGUAAAAUUGAAACUUAGAGUUCCUUUGUCAUCUUUCCUCAUCUUCAGGUUUUUAAGAUACUUGCCAAACUGGGCAGGAAAAAUUUCUAUCGAACUUACUCCAAGCAAAAAUAACUUAGUCAUUGCACCAACACAAGACCCAUUCAGCAUUGCUGUAGCUGGAACUGGUGGAGCCAAGUUCUGUGACUUUUGCAAAGACAAAGUUGACUUAGACUUUGGUUUCUCAAACCUCAACACUGAAGUAAACUACUACUUCAAUGCUGCUGGAACUGCUUGGGACCCAGUUAAGUUCACAUGCGAAAAGUUUGAAUGCAAGAGAAUAGAAAGCAGACUUGCAGUCUAUAUGUUGGACCCAGAUAUUUCAAAUGCUUUAGCUGCCAAAUAUAUUGCAGUUCCACUUAUGUUCCCUAUACACCAAAUAUCUGUCAAAGACUUUGCAGGUGAAGUUGGAAACCAAAGUGCUGACCCAGGUGCAAGAACAGAUAUUGCCUUAACAACUGCAAUGAAACAUGCAGAUACUAUGUUUGUACUGUUCAGACGAACUAUAAAUGACUAUUCUUGUUUCUACAACCCCGGUAUUAAAUAUCAUAUAAACAUAGAUGGCAAAUACUAUCCAAGAGAAGAAUAUUCCACAGUUGAGGAUAUGAGGUCAUACAACUUGACAUUAGAUGCUAUGAACUUUAACAACAACUUCACAACAACCAUUAA